UUUACAGUCUCCUUUGCGCGAUCAGCUGUGUCAGGCGGCGUGUGGUCCAACAUUACCGGCUGUAACUGUGCGGCUUCCCGUUCCCGUAUCAACCCGAACAAGCUUCUUCUGCAUGGAGAACCAAAAACGAUCGUUUGAGGCAGCGUCGUUCCCCGACGACAGCUUCAAAACGCCGGAGAAGAGAGCGCCCGGGAACCCGCCGGCUGACUCGGACUACACGCGAUGGGGCGUGGAGGAAACGUGUCGGUACCUGCGGGCAGAGGGUCUGCGGGAGUGGGAGAACACGUUCAGAGAACAAAAAAUAACUGGUGUGGGCCUGAGGUACCUCGAUGACGCGCGGCUGCAGGGGAUUGGAGUAAAGCUCCUCGGUGACCGUCUGCGGAUCCUGCACAGUACCAGGAAGCUGUGGCAGAUAGCGGCAGAGCCAGGCAAGGUCUUUAAUGAUCCGAUCCACGGGCAUGUGGUGUUGCACCCACUUCUCAUCAGAAUCAUUGACACACCUCAAUUCCAGAGACUGCGAAACCUCAAGCAGCUGGGAGGGGCCUACUUUGUCUUCCCCGGAGCGUCCCACAACCGCUUUGAACACAGCAUCGGGGUUGGUCACUUGGCAGGACAACUUGUACAGGCUCUAAAUGACAGGCAGCCAGAACUCCUCAUCUCUCGGAGAGACAUCCUCUGCGUGCAGAUCGCUGGGCUCUGCCAUGACCUGGGACAUGGGCCGUUUUCCCAUUUGUUUGAUCGGAGGUUCAUACCCCAAGCACGUCCUGGUCUAAACUGGAAGCAUGAGCAGGCCUCUUUGGACAUGUUCGAUUACCUGGUUGAGGACAACAAGUUGAAGCCGGUGAUGGAGCAGCACGGCCUGGUGCUGCCUGAGGACCUGGAGUUCAUCAAGGAGCAGAUUGCUGGACCAUUGGGCACUAAUGGAGCUGAUGCUAAGGGGUGGCGUUACAAAGGCCGCCCAGAGGCCAUGUCCUUUCUCUAUGAGAUUGUUGCCAACAAAAGAAAUGGCAUUGAUGUGGAUAAGUGGGACUACUUUGCGAGGGACUGCUACCACCUGGGCAUCAAGAACAACUUUGAUUAUCAGCGCUGCCUUAUGUUCGCCAGGGUGUGUGAGGUGGACGGGCAGAAGCAAAUCUGUACCAAAAACAAAGAGGUGGGCAAUCUGUAUGACAUGUUCCACACAAGGAACUGCCUCCACAGAAGAGCCUACCAGCACAGUGUUUGCAACAUCAUAGAGAUCAUGAUCACUGAGGCUUUUCUAAAAGCAGAUCCACACAUCAAGAUUAAAGGCUCAGGAGGGAAGAUGUUCACUCUCUCCACGGCCAUAGAGGACAUGGAGGCCUACACCAAACUGACAGAUCAUGUGUUUGAACAAAUACUCCACUCGUCCUCCAAGGAGCUGGAGGAAUCGCGGCAGAUUCUACAAGACCUCGUCUGUCGACGCCUCUACAAGUGUCUGGGCCGAACCAAGCCAAGAGAACAUCUGGAUGACACCCCGGAGGCGAUUAAAGGCUGGGAAAAAGAAUUGGCAGAGUCCACUCCUCAGAGUGUCCCGGAUGUCCCGGUUGUCCAGGAUGUCAAACUGCAGCCAGAUGACUUUAUAGUUAGCGUAAUUUCUCUGGACUAUGGGAUGAAGAAGGAGAACCCCAUCAACAAAGUGCGAUUCUAUUGCAAAGAUGACCCAACUAAAGCCUUCAAGAUACGCGAGGACCAGGUGUCAAGUCUGCUUCCAGCGCAGUUUAAUGAGCAGCUGAUCCGAGUCUACUGCAAGAAGAGGGAUGGAAAGACUGUGGAGGUCGCCAAGAAGCAUUUUGUUCAGUGGUGCAACAACAAAAAAUCCUCAACGCCUACGGACGCAGACAUCAUAGCGCCGGAGCUGACCCCUAUGAAACCCGACAAGCCGAACAACAAUGGCUGUGACGAUGGAGGGUCUAGUUACAACGCUGUUAGACAGAGUGAGCCGAAAAAAGCAAAAAGAAAGCUUUAAAAUAAGAGGAGAGCGAAUACCCCUCUUACAAUUUCAGUAGAUGAGAAGUGUUGAGUGAACAUUAUAUUUCUCUACGAGGUGAGUGUGUUGAUUGAAGCUGGAAACUAAGCAGUUUUUUUAAAGAAAAAGAAAUGGAGAAAAAAAGGCCUCAGGGACUAUCCUCAGGGUUUUAAAAAAAAAUUGACCCCUCCUCAAUUUUAUAUGGACAACUUUUUUUUCUCAUGGGAUUCAGGGAUUUAUUUUGGACUAACUUCGGGCUACAAGUGUCGAGUUUUUAAGUUGAUUUAUUUUUAUACCCUGUGCUAAGCAGCAGCCUAUCAUGUCUUUGAAUCAUGGGCAAUUAAUCAUGGGCAGCGGAAUGUUUUACUCUCAAACAGUAGAUGAACAACACAGUGUGUUUCAUGUCAGUGUGUUUUACAGCAUAUACAGCCAGUGUGUUAUUCAACUUUCACAUACGCUUGUUUUUUAAUAUCAAGCUUCAAAAGUUACAAUAUAAAAAGAAAACAAGUUUCCUAGCUUUACACUGAGUGUUUGUUUUUACUUGAGGGAUUAUUUGCAGAUUUGAUUUGAUUUUACUGCAAAUAUAUUUAUACUUCGGAGGGGGGGGGCGAGCAUGUUUUGCAAUCCUUUUAUUUAUUGUUCUUACAUUAAGUUGCACCGCUUGUUGUCUCCAUCUCACUAACAUGUCAACAUUUAAAAUGGGAUUUGUGCUGGAUUGUUUGAAAACCUAUAUUUUGUGUAUGUGUGAGGUGAAAUGUUUUAAAUGGUUUGUGGUGAUCCUUUGAGAGUUGAAGAAAAGUUUGAAAAUAAAACUCUGUUUUCACUUUG